UCCACCUUGCGAUGGCUGCUAUCUUUGGAGUUAUUUGUUGUUUGGGUGCUGGUGGUCUUCAUCGAAUUCGACGAUCUUGCGAAGAGGCGGUAGAGUAUUACAAUUCGGCAACUCCAGUUGAACAACUGAAAGAUUUGGGACAACUGCUAAAAACUGCAAACAAAGUGUUGGUCAAAAUUUAUGGUAAAGUCAGAACAGAUUAUACUCCAGUUAAUUGUAAGCUUAGUGGUUUAAAAGGAGUAAUCGUGAAGGAAACGGCAUAUCAAAACUUUUUCAAGCAAGAUGACAAAGGUAAAUGGAUCAAGGAUAGAACAGAGAUGCUAUCAACUUGUGAAAAGGUUCCUUGGUACUUGGAUGAUGGAAGUGCUCGUGUGGAUAUUGUUGGACCUUAUCCUUCAACUGGCUUGUUACAACUUUCAGGUGAAGCGUUUGAGGGACCGGGCCGAUCACUUGUUUAUCCAACAUGCGACUGUGUGAAAGGUCCCAAAAUACUUGGAGUCACAAGAAUUGAACGCGUUCUACCAAUAGGCGCUCGGUUAACGAUUGUUGGUAAGGCUGUUAAAGAAGACGAUGGAACCUUUACGAUCUACAAACCCGAUUAUGUCUCUCAUGGAAACAUAAGUGUGCAUGGAUUCACUGGAGACUAUCGGAUGUGCGCCAGGUUAGUGUCCUUAAUUUGUUUAAUCAUGCACAAUAAGGGUGGUAAUCCCGGACACAACAUGAAAAUAAACGGGUCACCCCGUUUAAAGUUAGAAUUUAUAUUUAUAUACUAUUAAAUAGAAACAUUUGUGUGCAUAUAUGUGUGUAACUUGUGCUUUAUUGGUUGUACCUCAAUCAAAUAUAGGUUGUAAUGUGUG